CUUCUGUGGCAGCAGCAGAGACGAGGUCAGAGAUCCCUGGUCCACUCCAGAGCCAGCAGCCUUCAGCGUGAAGGAGUACAUGCUAACAUGACUACAUAGGACCAGAGGAGCGUGUGUGAACAAACAAAGACAGAUAAACGGUUGGGUUAAACAGAUGCUGACACUCUUUUCUGUUUGAUACGACUCGACUCUAAACCUGAGGAAACAGUUCACUCACAGCUGGACUUUAGAGGCCGGCAGACUACAGAGCCAGCAGUGCAUCAUGGGAAUCACAGUCUACAACAUCUCCUCCACCACAGCCAGAGUGAACUGGCCUCAGUCGCCCACCUGCCUGGACACCUUCUACAGCGUCAUGUACCACCCCAACUGGAACAGCGCUGUCAUGAGCUACAAGCGCAAGAGCUUCAUGCACGAGGACCGAAUCCCAGUCAGCCAGACCAGCACACACGUGGGCAACCUUCUCCCUCAGACCGCCUACUUCCUCUGUGUGACAUGUCAGGCAGCCAAUCCGGUGCAGGACCAGUGCCAGGUGUUCAGCACUCUGAGCGAGAGCAGCGAGGGCGGCGACAGAGCCGGCUGGGAGUUCGCUGCGGGCGUCUGGCUGACAUGCUGCAUCUUACUGCUGGUCAUCGCCGGCAUCCUGAUGUGGGGGUGUCUCCACAACGUCUGCCCUUUCCCCGGUCAGGGCUCAGGCGGCUGCAACGUGAUGACCAACUCAAACCACCAAGACAUGUCCGGGUCGGGACGUCUCUACACGCACAGACGCAGCAGCACCGACAGCUCCAAACACGCCGCCAACAUACAGCGCCCCCUCCUCUCCACGCAGAGAGGCAGCCACGUAAUUACCCAGGACCAUGAGCUGAGGACACUCGCUAAGCUGUCAGGCAGCGAGCCAGUAUGAAUCAUCUGGAUUAAGGUCAUCACAGCAUUGUUUUGCACAGACUCAAAUGCCACCGAGAACCAUUAUCCACUAAUGAAAUCCUGCCGCGCUCAGGAGGUGACACGGAGGAAAAAUCACCUCUGAUUUAAUAAUUUGUGUUGUCACUGAGAAACUGUUUUCAGCCUGAUGAAGCCGAUUCAUCAGGAUCUAAAGGAUUCCUCUUCUUCUCCCUGACAGCUCCGGGCCGCUCUUGUUUGUGUUUAGGAGAGGGUAUUUGUGACUUUAUCAUUUCAUGGGUAUCAAACAAUAAAGCUUUGACUUUCAAUGAC